UUUGAAAGUUUCUUCCUGCCCUGCUGUGUGCUGCCCGUUGGCUGGUGGAGCAGCAGAGCAGAAAUUCACUGUUGGCAUCUGGCAAAGCAGCAGGAGAGAGCAGUUGUGAGGGGAAGGGGGGUGAGGUGUCUGCUCUUCAAGAGGGACAAGACAAAGGAGUUGGGGAAUUGUCCUGGAACUCUGGCCUGGCAGGCUUGGAGCGCUGGGUGGGCAUUUCUUGAGAGCUGUGGUGGCCCCACUUCCUCCUGAGCCUCAUUUGAUGGCAGUGUGUCCAGAGGCAGCCCGGCUCCAGGCUGAAGCAAAAAGCCAGAGCGGGUGAUGCGGGAGCUGCUCCAGCGCCUACCGCAGCCUGCGGCCCGGUGGGAGCGUCCCGGGCCCUGCCCCGGGGCGCCCUGAGGCGGGGCAGUGCCCACUCCCGCCGGCCGCCCUCACAAGGCCCAGGCCGCCUCCUUCCCACAAGGCCCAGCAGGGCCGCCCUCACACCUGCCCCGCCCUGCCCUGCCCCGCCCGGCCCCACCCUGCCCCGUGGCCUCUGUCACACCCCACGCUGACGUGCUGAGCCUUCCACCAGCCAUUGUGACGCCACAGGCGCCAGUCGGGCACGGCUUUGUUGGUGCCCGCAGCCGGCGCUCAGAGCUGCUGGAGCCUCUCGGGGAGCAGCAGCACAUCCCGCUCGGGGAGCAUUGCGCGCCUGCAUCGCCGUCUUGGCAGCUGCAGGCCACGACCACUGCGCAGGGCGACCUCGUCUGCCUUGUGCUUCAUACCCUCUGCCCGUCCUUCUUCUCGUCCCCUUUGUCACCCUCCCCCUAAACCUCGCCCCGUCCCAUUCCUCAUCCCCACUUGGCUCCCGGCAGCCCGCCGGGGCCUUCUUGCCCUUCCUGCUGCUGGGAGCUCCAAGCAGGGCCAUGCCGUGGCUUCUGAGCAAGAAGCGACGGCAGUCGCCCUCCAGCAGCCCCAGUGGGCAGCCCUGGGCUGCCACCAGCUCCAGCAGCGCCUCCCAGCUCCGGGAGCAGGGGCUGGGCAGGCUGCACCGCGCGGCCGCCCGCGGUGACCUGGGCUGGCUGAGGCGCUGGCGCUGGUACGUCAAGGUAGUCGGCAUCGACAGGCCAGACCAGGAGAUGCGGACACCUCUGCAUCUGGCUUCAGCCAAUGGCCAUGCAGAUGUCGUCAGAUAUCUGCUAAGAAAGAACAGCCAGCCCAACCUCGCUGACAGCUUCAAGAGAACGGCCCUGAUGAAGGCAGUCCAGCAGGAGCAGGAAGAAUGUGUUGCUGUUCUGCUGGAACACGGUGCCGACCCCAAUCUGGCAGACGCUGACGGCAACACUGCCCUUCACCUGGCUGUGCUCUCUAAAAACACAGCUGUAGCAGGGCUGUUACUGGAGCAUCAUGCCAACAGUGAUGCUCAGAACCAGUGGGGAUUUACCCCCUUGAAACUUGCAGCCUUGCAACAGCACGAGGAGAUUCUGGAGUGCCUUGUGAACAAAGCAGCUGACAGGCCUGCUCAAGCCCAGGGGGAAAGGAGUGCUCUUGUGGUUCCUGGAAGCCAUGAGGCUCACCUGGAGGAAGAUAAUCUGCGCUUGCAGGAGGAGCUGGACAGGGCUGGCGCGGAGCUGCAGGAGGAGGAAGAAAAGCAUCUUCAGUCUGAGCAUUGUGUUCCUGACUUGAAGAGUGCCUUGGAUGCCAAGAAAAGAGAGGCAAUAACUUCCUCCCAGGAACUGCAGGACCUCCUGGAAGAAGACGCGCAAGACUUUGCAAGUGAGAACAGCAGAUUGGAAGCCACUGUCCAGCAGCCAAGCGAGAGCGUUGAAGCCCUUCCGAGAGCCCUGCAAGCCUCUGCCUCAGGUGGUGAACUUUCCCAGCAGCUGGACAUGGAGCCUGGAACAGGCAUGCAGCUCGAGGCCCUAAACCAGGCUUUGCAAGAAGAGCUGUCCACUCUGCUUGGGAAGUGUGAACAACUGGAGAAGAGCAAAUGUCAGCUGCAAGAAGAGAUGACAAAACACCACCAUCAUUUGGAGACUUUGGUGCUGGAUGGCAGCCAAAGAGAACAGUGUACAAGAGAGGUGGCAGAAGGAGCUGACCAGGAAAGAAGUCCAAAGCUACAAGAGGUCAGCCUCGUUUUGCAAGCACAGGCAGCCCACCAGGCCCCACUAGGACAAACUGGAGACAUUCAUUGUGAAUCCAUGAGAAUCCAGUUGGAAGAAAGAAUUAGAAAUCUGGAAAGUGAAUUGGAGAGGGUCAAAAACACCCAACAAGAGAGAGCUUCUCGUAAAGAAGCAACACAGGGAGGGAUGGAAAUGUACAAAGAGCUGUAUGUGGAGGAAGUGAAAACCAGAAGAUGCCUGGCCAAGAAACUGGAAAGGCUGGAAAAGCUUCUGAGGAUAGAGAGCAGGAAACUCCGGGUUAAUGAAGAGAAAGGAAGUCAGUCCCAGCUGGAAGAAAUGAAGAAGAGAUAUUCUGAAAAGGUCAAGGAAGUUGAUGGAUUCCAAAGAGAGGUUGCUGAACUUUCCCAGCAGUUGGACAGGGAACGUGAACAGUGCACGCAGCUGGAGGCCAAAAAUCAGGCUUUGCAAGAAGAGCUGUCUGCCCUGCGUGGGGAGUGCGAGAACCUGGCCAUGGACAAAUGCCAGCUGCAAGAAGAGCUGGCAAAACUCCACCAUCAUUUGGAGACCAACGUGGUGGAUCGCAGCCAACUCGAACAGUGCAAAAGAGAGGUGGAAGAACGAGCAGACCAGGAAAUAAGACAAAAACUCCAAGAAGUCAAUGAGUUUUUGCAAGCACAGGCAGCCCACCAGGACACCUUAGAAGAAAUCAGAAGCAGUCAUGUGGACUCACUGAAAAAACAGUUAGAAGACAGAAUUAGAGAUCUGGAACGUGCACUGGGAAGGACAAAAAGCAACCAAGCAGAAAGACCUUUUCAAAAGGAAUCCACCCAGGCAGAAGUGGACAAGUACAAAGAGCUGUAUCUGGUGGAAGCCCAAAGAAGAAAAAGCCUCACCAAGAAACUGGAAAGAGCUACUGAGAGACUUGCAGUGGCCAACACCAAGCUCUUUUUGGAGCGCCACAGAAGCAGAUCUGUGGUCCCAAGCAGCGCUGUCAGCGGACUUCUGGCUGCAAGUCCACUUCUGGAUUCACCUGGCCUGGGACAUGUUGGCAUCAGUUUGGGACUGAGCAGAAGUCUGGCUCUCAGAACACCACCCAGACACCUGUGGUAAAGCCCAAGACUUCUGCUCAUCAGGACAUCCUGUGAGGGACCGUUCAGAUGGAUGGAACAAAUUGCUUCCUUUCCUUAAUUUCGACAUCCACGGCCUAGUAGCCAGUUUCCUUGAUGGUGGCCUUCAAGGUUUGGUAGCAAAGACUCCAAGAUCAGCUCUAACCCAUCCCUACAUUGCUCAGCGACAAUGAUCCUAGUGGUGAGGGCAGCGAAACUGCUACUUAAAAUUGGAGAGGUGGUGCUGCAUUGGUCCCCUUGUUGUACGAAAGGAAUCGCUGGAGCUUUGGGGACAAGAAGUGCCAACGGCCACGACAACUGUACACAGGCAACAGUAUCGGAGGAACCGAGAUGCUGUGACCCCCAUCCAUCCAUCCAGUACAUCCAUGACAUCAUUGUGGGGGGGACACAGCAGAAGAAGUUUUCGAGAAAGGACAGAAGAUCAUCCAGAUUCUCCUCGAGGCCGGUUUUGCCAUCAAGAAGAGUAAGGUCAAGGGCCCUGCCCAAGAGAUCCAGUUCCUAGGGCUGAAAUGGCAAAUGGACGACACCAGAUACCAACAGACGUCCUCAACAAGAUUGUAGCAAUGGCUCCACCCACAAACAAGAAAGAAACCCAAGCUUUUCUGGGAGCCAUUGGCUUCUGGAGGAUGCACAUCCCAGAGUACAGCCAGAUGCUGGAGAUAAAGGUCCCUCCUGGAGCCUCUGGCCAAAGGUGCCUGGUGAGACGUGAGGGCGACCACUGGGUUUCUGGAGCCGAAGCUACAGAGGUUCUGAGGCCAAUUCCACCCCUGAGGAGAAGGAAAUCUUAGCAGCCUAUGAAGGCAUACGAGCAGCUGCAGAGCUUUCAGAUUCAGCAAUGUCCUCACUCCCGACAGACCAGGGUCCCCUUUCCAGAGUAAUGGAGGAGCACCGGGAUUUUUUAAUCCAAAAUUCCCGGAUUGGAAUGAAAUGCUCUGGAAAGGCUCUGGAAAUCAUUCGGGGUUCACAAUCAUCAAGGAAGAUGUUCACCAGGAAUUGCUGAUCACUGGCCUCCAGCUGGAUGUUGCACUCCUGAUCACCACCCCAGCCAGCAGAUUUCAACCAGCCUGCUGUCUGCUCAUCCAGCCCAUACUUCAUGGGCUUCUCUGUGAGGGAGCCCUGUCUGUGUCCACUAGUACACACAUUCAUUUGGAUUUUAAACAAUCAAACAGAAGUGAGAGUUUUAACAGCAGAAUUAUUUUUCAAAGGGAAAUAGAAGGGUAUGGCUUUGAUGGAACGAGUGCCUUCAAGCUCCAUUGGCAGGCACUGUUUGAAAACUAUUUGGGUGAUUUUUGAUAAGAAAUGAAAGAUGCAACGGCAGGAAGCCAUUCAGCAAUCCCUGACAAGGGAGGUCCACUGUCAAUUGCUGGGAGGGCCCCCACCUGUUUCUUUUAAUGGUGCUCCCAAAUCCCACCCCUUGGGCCUCCCAUCCCAUCCCAUCCUUUUUGGUCCCCUCAGGCAUCUCCUCCCCAGCAUCUGCUCUGUGUCCUACCCAGGGUCCCCAAACAUCCUCCCACUGAUCAUUCCCAAAGCUUUUCUUUCCAUCCUUCCCCUCAGACCUUUGCCUUUCAUCCAGGUCACUGCCCUGGUACCUCCCAAGACCAUUCCUUGCCUCCCUCUCCACUCCCAACCAUCUCCCAGUGCCCUCGUUUUUGUCCUCCUCCAUCAUCCUCCUCCUGUCCCCACCAAGCCUCUCCCUUGCAGUCCCCAUGUCCCUACACUUGAAUUCCUUUCCCCUCCCCUGCAUCCCACACAGGGCCCCUUCAACACCCCAAUCCCAGUCCCGUGGGCUCCCCAGUUCCCCCCAGUUCAGCAUCUUUGGGUCCCCUCCUACUCCCCCCACCGUCCCUGCAGGCCCUGAAUUCCCCUGGCUCUCCUUGUCUCCAUCCCCACCCUGGGCCCUGCAGGCACAGGGGUUGGAGGUGAAACUGGGUGGAGUGGGAGCAGGGGGAGCAGAAGGGAUUUUCCCCCUCAGACGGGGGCAGCCCUGGGCUGGGGGGGCUGGGGACCCCCGUGUCCCUCCCCCAGCCCCACAGGGGCCAAUCCUGCUUAAACCUUUGCUCUCCUUGCCCAGGCACUCUUGGCAGGAACCCAAAAUGAUCUGCGGGAGGUGAGUGGGCCGGGGGGACUGGAGGGCAUCCAGUCUGGGAACUGGGGGACACUUUGGUCCCCCCAUCCCUCGCUGGCACCGGGGACAUCCCAGUGACCAGCCAGGGCUCCUGGGCUCUCUCCAGCUGCAUUUAGUGGACGUUGGGAUCCUGAAGAUGGCUCAGGCUCCCAAUACAUCCCACUGCACCCAGUGUGUCCCUAACCCUGCCUUUGUCCCCAGCCCCCUGUGGUGGAGAAGGUGGUGGGUCCUGUUGGUGAGAAAGGCGUGGCUGCAUCCCUGGAUGGCUGAGGACUGGUGGUGACACCCAUGCCCUGUCCCCCUCCAGUGGCAUGAGGAGAUGAUCAAUCCAGGAAGAACCCUCUGAUUUCCCUCAGAGCCCAGGGGCAUUUUCCCUGAAUGAUCAAUAAAUCCCUUCAGCAAAGCUA